AUGGAGCCCGUCGCUUCCGGGUCAACCCACACCGAUCCAACUCCCUCUUCUCCGUCCACGUCACCACCACCACCAAGCCGUUACGAGUCACAAAAACGCCGAGACUGGAACACGUUUCUACAGUACCUAAGAAACCACAAACCGCCUCUAACGCUAGCUCGGUGCAGCGGCGCGCACGUGCUCGAGUUCCUCAAGUACCUCGACCAAUUCGGGAAAACCAAAGUCCACGUGGCGACAUGUCCUUUCUUCGGCCACCCGGACCCACCGUCUUCUUGUUCUUGUCCGCACAAGCAGGCUUGGGGAUCUCUCGACGCGUUGAUCGGACGGCUUAGAGCUGCUUACGAGGAAAACGGUGGACGUCCGGAUUCGAACCCGUUUGCUGCACGCGCCGUUAGGAUUUACUUGAGGGAAGUCAAAGAGAGUCAAGCUAAGGCUCGUGGGAUUCCUUACGAGAAAAAGAAACGGAAACGGUCAGCCACCGUGACCACCGUUAGGUUGGAUGUGGAUUUAACGAAAGGAAUUGUCGGAGCAGGGAGUAACGGUGAUUCUCCGGCUACCUCCGAUGCCGUGCUUCCCUUAGGUUAA